AUGGCCGUCCGUCCUGCUGCAACAGCCGGAGCAGCUCGGUACACCACCACCGUGUACUCUUCUGGAUCACCAGUUCACCAGCCGGAGCAGCCGGAGCGCGUCAUGGCCAAGGGCAGGGAACCACCGAACCAGCCAGCAUUUGAACCCAAGUAUAUAUAUACUUUAACUGAAUCGGAGCAGGGGCCUCCUAAAGUGAAGCUAAGCGGGGAGCUCAGCUUACAGGAACCAACACACUUCCAUUGUUCCAUGGAGCUCAAGUCCUCCUCCUCCCCCUACCUCCAGCCCUCUGCAACUAUGCCCUCCACAAGACGAAACUCAUUCCAAGGAGUAGGAGUUGAUGCAACGGCUGGAGGAGGAAGAAGCAGCAGCCCGUUUGGGCCCACAUCCAGUGACCCACUCUGCAGCCUCCACCUGAAAGAGACCUCUGAGUUCGUCAGGUCCUCCUUCCCCAUGGCCGCCUUGGCCAGGAGCAACAGCAGCAAUGGCCACGGCUACUACCACCACAACGAGGCCUCCACCACCUCCUCCUCGUCUUCCUCCACGGCCUCGGCCCAGAGACGGAGAUCAGUGGAGCAGCAGGUCCCGGGGACACCGGGGCGGCCAUUGCUGUUCCUCGCCACCUCCUCCUCGAGCCCUGCCCACCACCAGCUCGUCUCCGCGAGGAGGUCGGUGCCCUCCAAGUGGGAGGACGCGGAGAAGUGGCUGAGGCAGCCGUCCGACCAACGCGGUCACCACCAUGCCAAGGCGGCCUCCAAGCAGCACCAUAAUGGUGGCGGCCUGGUUCAGAGAGGCGCCGGCGUAGAGGAGGAGAAGGCGCCGGUGACGGCGAGGAGAACCUCGCUGGAUGCCAAUGCGCUUGCGUUGUAUACACCACCUGCAGAAGUGCUCCUCAAAGACAAGUUCACGGACAAUGUGGAGCCGUCCAAGGAGCGCUUCGUGUUCCGGAGCUCCUACUGCGAGCCGGCGAAGAAUGCCUCGGCGGUGGUGGCCGGCGACGAUGACCUCCACCGGAGGGAUAUAGGCACGGAGAUGACGCCCCUAGGGAGCUCCACGACCUCACGGUGCCACACGCCGAUCAAGAGCACCUCACCGCUCAGGCACAACACGCCGACGGGUCGGUCGGGGCCCCUAGUGCCGUACAACGGCGGCAGCGGCAUGGACAUCUCGGAGCUCACCGACUGCCAUUUCGCCAAGCUGGACCUCGGCGCGCAGUUCGACGCCAUGCUCAUCAACUGGAGCUCCAAGGAGGAGGAGGAAGAGGAGGUGUCCAAGAGCCUCAGGCACUUCGAGGCAAGUGCUGGUGGUGGAGGAACUUGCGAUAAGCGUGCUGCCGUCACCGAUUGUCGCUGGGAUGAUGAUGAGAGAACUAAGAGCUGCAUAAGGUAUCAGAGAGAAGAGGCAAAGAUUCAAGCCUGGAUUAACCUGGAGAGUGCCAAAGCUGAAGCACAAUCCAGAAAGCUAGAGGUGAAGAUUCAGAAGAUGCGGUCGAACCUGGAGGAGAAGCUGAUGAAGCGGAUGACGAGCGUGCACAGGCGCGGCGAGGAGUGGCGCGCGGCGGCGCAGUCACAGCACCUGCAGCAGCUCAGGCGCGCCACCACGGAGCACCACGCCCGGAGGGUGAAGACGAUAAGCCACCAUCUCUCAGCUGGGACCGGGACCAACGCGGCGUCCUGCGGCUGCUUCCCCUGCAACAGCAACAACAUCAAAAAAUCACACCUCAACCAGGCGAGGGUGCUGGCGCCCGCCAUCCCAGCGCGUGGCCCUGCCCGCCGUUGGGAGAUCCUGCAACGGCGAGCGUACCUGCCGCGAGAUCUAAGGCGGGACCCUGCCUACGCCGUGGACUCGCCACCGUGGACAAGGUGGUUCGAGGCCGAACACGAGGAGCGGCGCGCCGGUAUCGAGGCGCACCUCGAAGACCUUGACGAUGAGGACGUGGACUACAAGGCACAGGAGGAGGCGCACGUGGAGCCACUUGCGCCCCAGGCACUGCCGCCUCCGGUGGCCGUGAAGGAGGAGGAGGAGGAGGCGUAG